UUCCGCGUUAGGCCAAGCGUUUGCUUUAUUAUGAUUUUGGUUCCAUUUGGUUUUGUUUGAACUGCAGGCUGUGCGGGCUCACACUUUUAUGCAAUUCUCACGAAUUUUAUCAGCCUUUUAAAAAUGUUUCUUACGAAUGUUUUAUUAAAAAAAGCGAAAAGCAAAAAUAUCCUGGUGCUGAUGGAAAGUGCCGUGAGCGGACAUCAGUUCACGCAAAUCCGUGAACGUUUGGCCGACAAGCUGGAGCUGAUUAGGUUCGAUCCGUAUAUUCAGCGAUUCUCAUUGUAUCGGGAACGUCGUCGCGUUCGAAGUUUGAAUUAAUCGGAAAUGGUGGUUCGUUAGUGAGUGUUUGAAUAUAUUGUUAUAGUAAUGCUGA